AUGCAGAUCUACGUUGUACUGCUGGUGACCUCAUCCACUGUGUACUACGCCGUACUACUGUCCAUCGAGGUUUGGGCAAACAACACAUUUCCAUUUUGUUUCCACCCCUCGAAAUGCACGGACUACGAUGGCGAGUUGGGCUACAGUAUAAGCAAACAAGACGAACCCUGCGACGGCCUGUACGCUCACGUCUGUAAAAACUGGCCUUUCUUGUAUCCGGGUUUUCAAGACCAGCGGCAUCUCCUGUCUGUACGGUCCCGGUACACGCUCGUGGCGGAACUUGUCAAACAGCGAGACAGUACCGUAUCUGUCCUGGAUAGAAUAGCUGUCGGCUUCCAGCAAUGCGUCCAAGUCUACUCUAACAAGGAGCACAAUGUGCGUACAGUCAACGACCUAUUUGCCAAGUACCAUUAUGAGUGGCCGAGCUUGCAGCUGCGGAAGGACUUCGAUUUUCUGGAAUUCUUAGUGGGACUAACCUUGGAUUACGGCAUAGCGACCUUGUUCAGGCUGCUCGUGUUGCCGUACUUCCGCACGGACAAGAAUUACGCGCUGGCCUUGUCGCGAUCGAAAGGAUUCCUUCAAGAGGACUACGAACCCGGAUCAGACAUCCGUCAAGUUAAUAUCGAGGCAUGCAUUACAGCGUUUAAGCCAGACUCGUACGUAUCCGGUAUGGACAAGAAGAUAACGUCGUUCUGGGAUAGUGUCACGUCGGCAAAUCGCCUGAGCGAUACGGAAUACGAGGUGAUCUACGUGAAGAUAGCGGAUUUCAAGAACGUCACUCCUACGAUUGGAUACGCUCAUUGGGUAGACACCAUCAACAACCAUCUUCCUGACAAAGUCCGUGUAUCUGGAAACGACGAAGUACUGGUCGAUGGCGGUGUAGUGCCUUUGCUACGACACGUCAUAAUCCAAUUCAAGGGCAAACUCGAGGACGUGAUGCUAGCUGUUGGAUUCAAUUUGGUAACGAGACUCUCCGCAGCGUUCUCCCUCCCCGUAUACCAGUGCAUGGACGAUAGGUUCAAUACCAAAGACACAAGUUCGACACACAAGUUUGUAGAACCUGCGACUUUAAGUGCCGAGCAUAGCACCUCUUGUCUCAACUUUAUGGACACGCUCGCUCCGUUCGCCGUGGCGAGAACCCUGUACGACGACGUUCUUGACGGCAGAUCUGUGAAUAUGACGCGGGACAUAAUGGGCAAUGUUCGCAACGCAAUACUAAAAACGUUUGACAAGAUCCAAGACACUGCAACUCUGACGAGUGCCAAGGAACGCUUGGCAACACUCGUUGCCGUAGUAGGGUUGCCCUCUCGCCUCGCAGAGAUGAGGACCAUCGAAGAUAUGUAUUCGUUUUUACCACCAUUCAACAGGGCGUUCAUAGAAGAUUACCUCAAGGCGGGUCGCCUCAAGAUGGACCGCAUGAAAGAACUGCUGGCUGCGUCCGCCGAUGCGACCAGGAGACAGGAAAUCGAAGUGCACACUAUUCAGCGAGAAAGCGAGUACUUGCUGGCUGCACACGUGCUGUAUGUACCUGGCGUACUGCUACAAGCACCCUUCAUCAGCCACGACCUUCCCCUAUCUGUGGGCUAUGGCGGUAUUGGGCACGAUGUCAGCGCCGCCACGAUGAAGGCCUUCGAUCCCAUUGCGAGCUCAGUCACCAGCACGGGAGAGUACAAGCCACUGUACGACGAGGCUAUAGAAACGCCACGCAUCAAGGCCUAUUACGAAUGUCUGCAUACGGAAAUUGCCCUGGCCAAAGGUGGUAGCAAGGCGUUGGCCGGGGCUAAGUGGCGCCGAAUAUUCGCUGACAGUACAGGUUUAUCGAGGACUGCGCUCGCCUUUAAAAGCCUCAAGAACAAAGGCAGUGGCUUGUUGGGCUACACGCCCGAGCAGCUAUUAUUUGUGAGCGCGGGUUUCAAGUUUUGCGGGGAAGACAGAACGCGCAUAUGGGAUGGUGAAUUGCCGCACGUACGGGCGACCCUCAGUGCUACCAACACCAAGAUGUUCCACGAGGCCUUUCGCUGUAACGUAUUGGCAUCUAGAGGUUCGUGCAGCGAUCCUUGGGCUCCUACCUGA